AAAUCAGCUAUGACACACCCCUCCUGGGCUUCCAUUGGCUGGAAACUCGUUAGGCUUGAUGGGUAGGCACUGGAGUCAGAGGGGAUUUCAAGGCAAAUAAAUAGCAGGUCCUUCCAGCCAGCCAGAAAUGGAUUUCCACCUGUCUGAACCUGGGACGGGACCGAGCUGCUGCUGAGAAAACCCAACCUGCUGCACCCAACAUUCCCUCUCAUGCUUCGUGUGGCUUCUGUGAACAAGUGAUUUUUGGAAGACCUCCCGGGCUGCUGUGCUGGAGCUGUGUGUCCUGGGAGCAGCAUGGCUUGCUGUGUGCUGCAGAUCACUGGCCUCAUCUUCGGGGGCAUUGGCAUGGUGGGGACCUUGGCAGCCACGGUCAUGCCCCAGUGGAGGGUUUCUGCCUACCUUGAUGGCAACAUCGUGGUGUUCGAGACCAUCUGGGAAGGGCUGUGGAUGGACUGCAUCAGCCAGCUGGGCCUCAGGCUGCAGUGCAAGUUCUAUGACUCUUUCCUGGCUCUCCCCCCACCCUUGGAGGCGUUCAGGGCCCUCAUGUGCAUUGCCGUGGUCCUGUCAGUCCUCUCCUUUCUGAUGGCCAUUGUUGGUGUGAAGUACACUCAGAGGACCAAGGAGGACCCCCAGGGCAUCAGUAUCUUCAUCCUGGCAGCUGGAGUUGCCUUUCUCCUGACGGGUGCCCUUGUUCUGAUCCCCGUGUCCUGGACUGGAGGGAGCAUCAUCCGUGAUUUCUAUGAUCCAGAAGUCCCUGUGCCACUGAAACGGGAACUGGGAGCUGCUCUCUACGUGGGCUGGGUGAGCACUGCCCUCCUCAUUGCUGCAGGAGCAAUGUACUGUCACUUCUGGUGCUGGGCUGACACAUCCGCAAAAUCCAGGUAUCCAUCGCUUUCCCGUCACAGCCUGCGCAAACCGGGCGCUGCCAGAGGACCAUCCCUGGGGGUCCAUGCCUACGUGUGAUCAUGGAGUCACAGAAUGGUGUGGGUUGGAAGGAACCCUAAAGAUUAUCCAGUUCUAAGGGCAGGGACACCUUCCACUGGACCAGGUGGCUCCAAGCCCUGUCCAGCCUGACCUUGAACUUCCAGGGAUGGGGCAUCCUGUGAUCUUCCUGCUUGGCAGGUUGACAUGUGCUGAUUGACUUGAUAAUUAAACUGCAGGUCUGUAAUGGAGGGGCACUUUUGUCCCUUUGCUGUUGACAUAGAUUUCUGCUCUCUAACACACCUACAGGAAAUGUUCUUCCAUGUGUGUUUGUUAGAGCACAGCCAGAGAAAAAUCUCACCCUUUUUUGGGGGAAUGAAGCAUGGCAUGGGAACAGCAGCAAUCAGAAGGCUCUCAGAGAAGAUGAGCAGCACAUGGCUGGGCUGGAGGGGAGGCAGCUGCUGUGCAACAGCACCAUUGCCCUCCCCUAAAAACCCCUGAUGUGCAAAGGGAGCAAUGCAUUUCCCUCCAGGUAAAGUCUUCCCAAGGACUGCUCUAGGAUACAGAGGUGAGGAGUGUGGAGAACGUGGAGUUGGCAGCACGGCUGAGGCAGCUGCUGAAUGAACAGAAGAGCCUCCAGCAAUCCAGCUUCUAAUACUGCCACGCAGAUGUUUGUGCUAUCCCAUCAGAAGCCUCUGUGAUUGAUUGGAUUUCACUGGUGCUUGUGGAGUUGCUGCCUCCUCCUCCUCUCUUGUGGAGAGCAUAGAAUACAGCUCAUGGAAUAGUAAAAUUUUUAAUUCCUUCACCAAAACUCGUCAUCAGUGUAUUGACUUUUUGUUGCUUGUUACCUCUCCUCUUUCCUGGCUUCUCCUUUUCUAUAGGCAGCACCUACUCCUCUAUAAAAUUCAGGACAGACCAUCUAUCUUUAUGCACUUUGGAGCACUGUGCUAAUGUAAAGUAUAAUUAAACAAGCCAGGCAGUGUAAAUGUGCCAUCCCCACCUGCCUGUUGGAGCAUCAAGAGUUCCUGCCUACGACUUCCCUCACACUCACCAAAGCCAAGCCCUGACAUUGCUCUGACUGUUUUGAGCUCUCCAGUUGAUUUGGAAAUGCAGACUGAGCAGUCUGGUGCCUGUCUGUCCACCAUGCAGGAUCCAACAGCAUCUGCAGUUGUGCAUCUUUUUAUUCCCAGCUGAGUAGCUGGACUCUGAUUUUGACAGUUUCCAUAUCAUGACCCUGAGAAGUGACCAAAGAAGGUCUGGUUCAAAAUGUUUUUCUUCUGGUUCUUUUCACAGCAGUAAUGGAUGGCACCAUUUAAUGGAUAAUUUUAUGGCACAGGUGCUCAGCUUGAUCCUUUUCUGUGUCUGUGACUGGCAUCUGAAGAAAGGGUGUAAUGACUUUUUGAGUUGAGCAGAGCAGUGCCUUUCCAUAUUCCUUUGGCUGCUCAGUUUGAAAGAGAACAUGGAGAGCUGCAUUUAAUUAAACAAACCUUUUAUUAACUUGACUCCAGAUGAACCGAAAUGAAACAGUGCCAUUGUACACAGACAUUCAUUACAUAUAUUAACUAAGGUGCAUUUGCAUUUAAGACAAGCAGCUCAGAUCUUAUAGUGGGAAUUAUCUAGGCACCAGAAAACAGGUUUAAUGUAUCCAGCUCAUCACUUGAGCAGUCAAAUCAGCACUUACUAAUUCUAGAUGAAAAUUUAAGAAAACAGUUGUAAAUAGGUUUUCUUAGUGCUAAACCAUGUAUUUUUUAUGUUUUCUUGGAGCUGCUGAAGUCUGUCACAGCAGGUGCCAUUGACAGCUGCUUUCAGGGGAGUCAUUCUGUUGCCUUUGGUAAUAAUUUAUACUACCCUGAGAACCACCACCUCUUAUUUUACUGUAUUUUUGUCCUAUAAUAUGUAUUUUGUUUAAUACAGCACUAUUUGGUGAGUAAGCCAGAAUUGCACAUUUUGGAUUAAUUUAGACAUGACAUUUGUGAUUAACAAAGCAGAGGAUGAAGACAUUUGCAAUGCAGAUUUGAUACAUAUUUAUAUGUAGGUAAUGGAUUUAAAUGAUGAUGUAUUCAGUGUAAUGCAACUUUAUGCAGAUGUAAGUGCUUAAGAAGUAAUUAAGUACAUUUUUCUAUAACAUUAAUUAGAAGAUCCUGAAUGCUUACACUAUCAGUGGGCUCAUCUAGAAAUCAAAUUUGAACUCCAUUUACACCAGUAACUUUAUCUUCAAAGAGUAGAAAGAUAAAACUGUUUUAUUUGAGCAUUUAGCAUUAGUUUCAAAGAAAACCUAAGCUUUUUAUGUCUAACAUUAACAUGCAAUGACUUCAUAUUGCCCCAUUUCUCCCUUUUACCGGUUGAUCAAAAGAGGAGCUCAAAACCUCUAAGCUCAGACAACCUUGUGCUUGUGAGUGGGCUGGAAAUCCAACGUGGAUUCCAAGCAUGGAGCCAGGCUGGGGUUUUAGGGACACAAACAGCAAUUUCAGGUGAUGUGAUUGAGCAUUUUGGACUCACAGGAAUGUGUUUAAGAGUCUGUGACAUUAACAUUUCUGAAUUUGAUGCAGGAAGAUCUCAUGACAAACUGCUCUGCAAGAGAUGCAACAAUGUGGUUACCUCAUCCCUUCGAACAGAGCUGAAAUUCUGAAACUGUUGUAGAUUCUGGUGGGGGAAAAGCCCACAAAGAGGAUUCCUACAUAUUUUACCUCUGUAUGCAGGGAGUGCAUUUGGCUGAGGAAUCUGAAGGGGUGCCUUUGUGUCUGCUGAGGGAGACAGAAUUUUUUUCAUCUUCCUUUCCCCUCUUCAGAGCCUUUGAUGUUCUGAACUGACUCGCUGGAAGUUUGGAAGUGUGAGCAGGAAAAGGAAGUUUUAAGACUUAACAAAAACCUGCAGUUGAACUUUAAAACUAAAUUGCUGCUAUUGAAGAGUUUUCUGGGGGUAACAGGGAAAGUUUGGCUUGAGAGGAGUGAUGGAGGAGCCUUGCACACAUCUCUAGUGCCCAAGGCUGCACCUUCUACCCUCCACCUGCUGCUCCAGAAAUAUUCCGGCUCCUGCUGGGUCACACUCAGCCAGACUUGGUCUCAGGUAACCACGAGGGCCUAAGGUGAUUUUUGGAGCUUAUUUAGGUGGCUGAACAUUUCCUGAUGGAGUGAAGUAGGUGAGGGGGGGAUGCUCAGGAGCAGGUGUGGUGCAGCAAAGACAUUUAGGGAGAGGGUUGUGGAACCAGUGUUGGCCACACAGUGUGUGAUGGAGGGCUGGGAGGAAGCAGGGCAUGAAUAAUCGCUCCUGACUGGACUUUUCUCUCUGGGAAGAAAAAGUCCUGACAUGUGGGUGUCACUUGCUGUGGAUGGGCCAGGGAUUGCUAAAAUGUUGUGUCAGGCUUUUCGUGUGCUGGAGCUCUGCUGUCACUGAGGAGGGGAGGCUCUGCUGCUGCUGUGCUCACAGUCCUCCAGGCACAGCUGUCAGAGACUUCAGGCUUGCUGCAUUUGUUUUAAACAGCUGAUUAAAUAUUGUGGUUAAAUCUCUAGUUGAAUAUCCUGACGCUGUUAUAUACCUUAAUAUUUGGUGACUGCAGGACAAAAAUGACUUUGGAAACAAAUGUGACCAGCUGAGAUUUUGCUAUGUAUUUGAAAUAAAUGUAUGAACUCCUCA